UUGCUGCUGGUUUGGUGUGAACUGUAGAAAAAGUCAUGAAUUUAGAUCAGAUCACAACAAGCAAGUUUUAAAGCAAUUUGACAUUGCCUUUCUGCAACAUAAGUGUUUGAAGAUUCUUUUCCGGUUGGCCUGGCCACAUUUUACGGUUCCUGAAUUCUGCGGAUUAUACCGAAGCCAACACGGUUGCAAGAAACAGUCCUGUAGGUUUCUACACGUAUGCAAAAACUUUGUUAUGAAAAAGUGCAUGUACGGGCCACGAUGUAAGUUUGCACACGAUGUCUAUGCGGAAGCUUCCAACCUGCGACUACUGAAGCGCUUUAAUCUUGAGUACCCCUCUGAUGAUCUUAUUCGCUUGAUUAAAGAGCGAAAUGAAGGAUAUUAUCGAUCAGACCUUGAGGUUUUUGAGAGUGAUGGUAAAGACAGUGAUAGUGAAGAGAGUGAUGAGGAGCAAAGUUGCAGUUCAGAUACCUAUGAGACGAUGGCCAAAUCCCAAACACAAUCAAAUGGCUUGCUCAGGUUCAAUAAUCCACAAACAAUGGCAAUGCAAGAUAAGAAAAAAGAAGUUUACAAGGACAAUCCACACUUUACAACAAAGCAUGAACCAAAAGUAAAAGUGCAGACAACUUUACCUUUUAAACAUCAUGUAGUAACCCCACAACUUCCAGCCAAAGCUCAAACACCAUCAAAUGACUUGCUUGACUUUAAAUAUUUUUCACAAACAGUGACAAUGCAAGGUAAGAAAACAGAAGUUCACAAAGACAAUCCACACAUUACAACAAAGCAUGAACCAGUGGUAAUGCAGACAACUUCACCUUCUAAAUGCCAUGUAGUGAUGCCACAACUUUCAGCCAAUUCUAUAACACAAUCAAAUGACUUGCUUGACUUGUGUUUUUCACAAACAAUGAUAAUGCAAGAUAAGAAAAAUGAAGUUUGCAAAGACAAUCCACUCAUUAAAACAAAGCAUGAACCAAAAGCGGUGAUGCAGACAACUAUACCUUCUAAAUGCCAUGUAGUGAUAGACCAACGUCCAGCCAAUUCUCAAACACAAUCAAAUGACUUCCUUGAGUUGGAUCUUUCAGAAACAGUGACAAUGCAAGAAAAGAAAAACAAAGUUUGCAAAGUAAAUCCAAACAUUACAACAAAGCAUGAAGCAAAAGCGACAGUCCAGACAACUUCAACUUCUAAAUGUCAUGUAGUGAUGCCACAACUUCCGGCCCAAUCUCAAACACGAUCAAAGCACUUUAAUAAUCCACAGACAGUGAAAAUGCAAGAUAAGAAAGAAGACCAUCCACUCUUUCCACAACCUCUGGCUAAAACUAUACAGUUAAGACGCUUUCUUGACUCCAGUAAUCCACAGACAGUUGCAUUGCAAUCUAAAAAGGAAGAAAUUUGCAAAGAAAAUCUACGUGGAGGCUGCACCAGUGGUAGUUUGUGCCAAAGGCAUCACUGUGAUCUUCCCUACCAAUGGCAGGUUAAAAAUAAUGGAUUAUGGGAGAGUGUCAAUUCUUUAAAUAAUAAUGAUAUGGAAAAAGAUUACUGUGACAUGAAAGUUAAUCCACCAGUCUGUUUGGUUUUUGAUACAUGGGGUUGUAUGCUUAUCUAUUAUGAUGACAUGUAUAUUAGCAAUAUUUGUUCUUCAUUGAAAAUGGACAUACGGCGGUUGGAAAUAAAAGGUGAACCUGAUUUUUUUGACUCCCACUUUAUCCCUCACUGGUCAUGGUAUUGGAAGGAUGAAUGUGGUACCUGGAUUGAAUAUGCAGAACAGAAUAGCAAGCAGAAUGCAAGGUCUGACAAAGAAAGCUCGGAUUUUGAAACGUUGUAUGACGAUUACAAAAACAGGAAUUGUAGUCAGACUGUCAAGUUUAGGGCAGGAAGUCAACACUACACUUUGAACUUUGCCUCUAUGAUCCAGACCAAUGAUCGAUAUCAUACCCAGAAAAAUGUUUGUCGGAGACCAUCUAGGCACAUAACAUGGGCUGAUGUUAAGCAAUACAGAGAAGAAAAACCUUGGCUAAAUAAAAAUAAAUAUCCAAGAACCUGGAAUAUGAACCUUCGUGGAAAGUCACAUCUACUUGUAAGUGUAUCGAAGAACAGACACAGUGAAGAAUACAAGAAAAUACAGAAAUUGUUUCAGACUACACUUUCAGGAGUAGAUAUUACAAAACUGGAACGUGUUCAAAACGAGACCUGCUGGGAUUUAUAUUCACGGCAAAAGGAAGUUAUGAUGAAAAAGAAUCCCAGCAAACCAGUGGAUGAGCGUCUACUGUUUCAUGGAACUAAACCUGAAAAAGUUGAAGAUAUUUGUCGAGAUAAUUUUGAUUUUCGUUUGAGUGGAACUCGGGUUGGUGCAGUCUAUGGUCAAGGUGCCUAUUUUGCAAGCACAUCGAAAUAUUCUGAUUCCUAUGCAGAGGCUGAUGGCUACAAUGUAAAGAAGAUGUUUGUAGCACGAGUCCUUGUCGGAAGUUACACCAAUGGGACCCGUGAUAUGCGCAGACCACCGUAUAAAAAUUCUUCAGAUAAAACAAAGGGGAUGUAUGAUUCUUGCGUCGACAACACAAGUAAUCCAAGUAUAUUUGUGGUAUUUGAUAACCAUCAAGUAUAUCCAGAAUACGUAAUCACAUAUUCAACAUCCAAUGCCAAUCAUACUUCUUAUAGUAGUACCAACCAAACAAGCUCUUAUAACCCAUAUACAGCUGCAGCAAGAUACGCUUACAGUGCCAGUCAAACAUCUGAUACCAGUACCAGCCAACGAAACUCUUUUAACUCAUAUACAAGUACAACAGCUAGAAGGGCUUACAGUGCGAGUCAAACAUCUUAUACGGGUACCAGCCAACGAAACUCUUAUACCCCAUCUACAA